ACAAUAUACAGCACGAGGUCGCACAAUAUCGUCUAUGGACAUGGAGGAGCGUUUUGUAAAGAUCCCGAGGUCUCAAUGGCGUUAAUAUCCUCCCGGUGACAAAUGAGGGAACGACUCGACGGGACGUCCGGCGUCCCGAUGCCACACGCCGAUUAUCUCACCUCCGGACGAAUAUUUUCUGAAAAAUCAUCAUAGUGACGACAAUCCGUUCGACCCCUGCCAUUUCUCACCUGACGCAUCUUCGAUCACAAAGGACCUUGUCUCAACGUCAUAAUUACGUCUAAUGGCUCCGGAGUUCGCUGAUGCCUUUACAUUUUCAUAUAUUACUAUACUACCAGUAUAAUCAACUCUUGAACUUGCUACACGCUUGGUGUAUACUUGAUGUAACUGGAAAUAGUAUCCACUUUUUUCUUGCAGCAAUCGUUACCUACUGCCUAUCGCUUAGUCAUUAUUGGUCAUGAUGGAACUCUGGAUGCGUUGCGUGUAAUUAAAGUGGUACAAAAGCGUACUCAAGAGUGGAGACCUAAUCGCGAGCGAUAUUGGGGUUGUUUCAACGGUCUAUGUGCUUGUCAUACCUCGAUGACUAUUACUUUAAGGUGAUUUCUAUAGAACGCGAUUGAAAAGUCGCUGGUACCGUCUGGUACACACUGACACGACAAUGGCUCACUGUAUGACACAGUACGUUACUGUGUCGUCGGUGUCUUUUACUCGAAUUUCUCAUACCCUAUACACCCCGUUCGAUUGCCUUUCAUCAAUGUGAAACCUUCGAUUCGAUGCUUAUACGCUUGGCGAAUAAUAAAACUUGAACAGGAUUAGUCGGAAAUGCUAUAGUAUGUUUAUUCUUGUUAUAUGAUACUUUGAUGAAAGUAUCGUUAAGAUUAUAAAAAUUAAUUCUUGCUCUUACUUGUGAUGUUGGUGUAUGCUUUUAUUCGGAAUUCUUGGAUGACGUUACCGAGGUGCCAUUUCGUAGGGAUGAAUCUUUUUACUGUGCAUGCUACGAUAAUAUUUGAUGCUUGCGCACAAUGGAAAUGCGCUUUUGCAUUUCGACGUGAAAUUACCCGGAGUAUCAUUUGUCAAACGCUACUCGAUAACUUCCAUAUACUAGAGAUCGAAGUUAUUAUACGAUAUUUUUCAGGUGUUUCGCAUAAUCGUGGAUGGGAAAACUCCGCCCUCGUAAAAGACGCCGCCCUCGACAUGCGCCGCGACGUCUUUGACGCCCUCAUGUUUCCUUCCAACUACCCUUUUCGCACCUGGAAUUAUUUCUGUUCUAAUGUCGCAGCCACUUCUAAAAUUUUGGUGAACCUCCUCGAGGCUUCCUCGUAGCCAUCGAGUAUCAUUGGACUACGAUUUCUGUUUGAAUGUCUAUUUUAAUCUUAACAAAGUUGCGAUACGAAAAUAAGAAUGUCACGCGCGUAAAUGAGUGAAUUUGAAAAAUCUGCGGAUUUCGAAUUUAAUUGAACUGCCCCGGUAGCGUGGAAUAUGGAGCAGGAAGUUCCGUUAGAUUUAAGUUGUCGCGGAAGCGGGAAAAGAGGUUCGAAUAAUUCUGCUAAAUGUCCAAGAAGGCUACCAUGUCAAACUUGUGGUAAAAAUUUUGAUAGACCCUCUUUACUAAAACGGCAUCUUCGAACGCAUACCGGUGAGAAACCACACGGAUGUUCGGUAUGCGGGAAAAUGUUUAGUACAAGUAGUUCUUUGAAUACUCAUGCUAGAAUUCACACUGGAGAACGACCACAUGAGUGUCCAAUCUGUGGUAAACGGUUUACUGCAUCUUCCAAUUUGUAUUAUCAUCGUAUGACUCACUACAAGGAAAAACCACACAAGUGCGAUCAGUGCGGUCGAUCCUUUCCAACUCCUGGUGACUUACGAGCUCAUGGAUACUCCCAUACCGGUGAUUGGCCACUGAGAUGUCCAAUUUGUGCUCGAGGAUUUUGUAAACCUGCAGCGUUGCACCACCACAUUCAAUUACAUAGUGGUGAUCGACCUUAUGAUUGCAAAACAUGCAAUAAAAAAUUCUCCGUCGCCAGUAAUUUGAGGGCUCACGAAAGAACACACUGUACAACUACGACUAAUUCGUCUUCCACGUGUAACAAUUAUCAGAAUGAUUAUGAAGUCAAGAGUAGAACUUCUCUACACAUACCGGCACCUAUCUUCCCUUGGACACCUUGGCUUCCAUUGCAAUAGCCUAAGUGAUUUAAUACCUACUAUCAAAAAGUGAU